AGAUAUCUUCUGUUCACGAGGUAGCGUGGCGGUUUGUGUGUAUCUUGCGCUGAUGGAACGCACAGCCGGAUGGAUGCUGCAUGUGACAAAUUCUUCAUGACAGUCUCCAAGAUCGCCGACAGAAGACGUGUCGGAAAUCAUGUCCACAUGUACUAAAGUGCUGACUCUGGUCAUCACCUCUUUGGACUCCGUUGUGGGCGAUCGGAACCCAGCCUCCAUGAAUGGCACAUUUGAAGAGACUACCCACGCACAUCUCGGACGAGCCUGGCAAUUCUUAGGUUUCAUGUUCCCUGGCCUCAGUGUGUCAAGGACCAGCUGUGAUACUUGGAUUUUAUCAAUUAUCGCGGCGUGUCUCGUUGGUCUCAGUGGAGUCCUGCCUCUCCUGAUCGUGCCGGUGGAGACAGGAGCCAGUUUGAAACAUAACAUAAGUGGUCGUAUGCUGAAGCUCCUCCUGAGCUUUGCAGUGGGAGGUCUUCUGGGUGACGUAUUUCUUCACCUGCUUCCGGAAGCCUGGGCUCGGCUCCAAGACGGCAGCGUCGUCUCCCUUCAUGCGUACUUUACUCUGGGUCUCUGGGUCCUGCUCGGAGUCUUCACGUUCGUCAUUCUUGAACUGGUCUUCACGGCUAAACCACCGCCUCACUGUAAAGCUUCAACUGUCAACGUGACAGGUUACCUGAAUUUGGCUGCCAACUGUAUUGAUAACUUCACACAUGGACUGGCUGUUGCAGCAAGUUUCUUGGUAGGGAAUAAGAUGGGUUUAGUGACUACAUUUGCUAUCUUAGUCCACGAAAUUCCUCAUGAAGUGGGAGACUUUGCUAUUCUGCUCAAGGCAGGCUUCAGUCGCUGGGACGCGGCCAAGGCCCAGCUGUGGACGGCCAUGAUGGGCAUAGCGGGAGCGGUGACCGCGCUUUCUGCAAAUUCGCUGGAGGACGUCGAUAAAAGCACUUCCUGGAUCCUACCUUUUACUUGUGGAGGAUUCCUCAACAUCGCCCUUGUCAGUGUCCUGCCAGAUUUGCUAGAGGAAGAUGACCCCUGGGAGUCUGCAAAACAGCUAGCCUGCGUCUGCUGCGGCAUCAGCAUCAUGGGCGUCCUCCAGGUUGCUCUCGAGUAGCGUCAGCCUUUACUAGUCUCCGUUUCUCUCUCUCUCUCUCCCUCUCCAAAGAAACUAGUCGUCCAGUUUGUCCUUUUAUUCUCACAACUACAAUCUUAACCUCAUUGAAAAAAAAAAAAGAAAAGUCUAGACGGGCAACCGCCUAACGUGCUUCAGUUCAUGAGCGAGCCACAGUGCGAGCGUGAGAAGCGAAAGUGCUCCCAUCUGGUGGGCCGAGGCCAGGGCAAUCGGCACUUGCGUCAGCAGUGUUGUGACUCCCAACGUCGCCUGCAUCCAAGCCAAGCCGGCCACGCAGGUCAGUGCCAGGCGCGCGCGGGGCGUUAACGCGCGCCCGCGUCCCAGGGCCCAGAGCAGCGUAGCUGCACAUACCGUGGUCACACCCUGCGAGAAGAACGCAAUCUUGUCAAUGCAACCAAUGGUGUACGGAUGUACCUUGCCUUGUGAAUUUUCUUC